UGUGACUAUAUUUACAUUCAUUUACCAAAGCUACGGAUUGCCUUACAGCUGUGCAUUAUACCUCGCUUACACAACUUUUGAAAAUGCCCAUUAUUGCUGCGGUCGGCCAAAUAUGCAGCACAUCAUCGAUGGCUCAUAAUCUACGGCAAUGCCGGCAACUGAUACAAAAGGCUUCUUCCGCAGGAGCAAAAGCUUUGUUCCUACCGGAAGCCUCCGAUUAUAUAGCCUCAAAUGCAGCAGCUACUGUAUCCUUGUGUGAACCCGUGGAGAAAUCGGAAUUCGUCAUUGGCCUUCAACAGGAUGCUCAAACCUAUAAACUUCCCAUUCACGUAGGCGUCCAUGAACCGACAGAGGAUGGAAAGAAAGUCAAGAAUACUCUUCUAUGGAUCGAUGAGAACGGUAAAAUCGCACACAGGUACCAAAAGUUGCAUCUUUUCGAUGUAGAGAUAAAAGAUGGACCAAUCCUUAAAGAAUCCAAUUCGGUGGAGAAGGGGAAGCGCAUCGAGGACCCUUUCAGUACAGCUCUUGGGAAAGUAGGGUCACUAAUAUGUUUUGACCUCCGCUUUCCUGAGCCUUCUCUUGCGCUGCGAAAUCGUGGUGCGCAGAUAAUCACAUAUCCAUCAGCAUUUACAGUGCCUACUGGAAAGGCACAUUGGGAGACUUUACUCAGGGCACGUGCUAUCGAGACACAAAGUUAUGUGAUUGCUGCAGCACAAGUCGGGUUCCAUAACGAGGAGAAGACGAGGAGAAGCUAUGGGCACAGUAUGAUUGUUGAUCCAUGGGGGAAGGUCGUUGCCGAAUUGGGUGGUGAAGAGGAUGAGAAAGGUAGAGGUCUAGAUGUUGGCGAAAUCGCUCUAGCUGAACUAGAUCUUGACCAGCUUGAGAAGGUGAGAAGAGAGGUGCCUUUGCUGAGGAGGACGGACGUCUAUCCCGAGAUGUUGUAAAGCCCAUGGGCACUGGUGGUCACCCGACCAUUCGAAAUCAUGAAGAUUCACUCUCGCCACUAGUAAACCAAUAGAAGACGUGUUCAAAUCGGCGCCUGGCCAUUCAGCAUUCAUAUUGUGGUUGGUGUGGUCAGCCUCUUCAGACUCAUACUUCAACGCUCUUAAAAGGCCACUAUCCCAGCGCAAACCCGGUCAAUGGGUUCGAAAGACACCAAAGCGAUUGUCCAUUCCACUAGAUUGAAUCUAUUGGGCGAUAUCAAUCCCCAAAACGGUAGAGAGUUUCUCUGAAUGACGAUUGUG